AUGUCAGAACAAGAAUUAAAUAUGUUUUUGACUGGUGAAAAAUGUAAACAUGGUAAUAAAGUAGAUGGCAUGGUAAAUAGUAAAAGCAUACUUAUCCAAUGGUUUUGGAAGGAGCUUAAACUUAAGGUAUCAUCUAAAUCUGAUGAAGACAAAAUAAAAUUAGAAAAUGGGGUCAAGUAUUUGUUGGUGAAUUUAUUCUUGGGAAUACCAAUUGAUUUACAAGAUAAAUUCCAUGAUCUUGAAGUGUAUGUUGUGCAGGCUAUUGAAGACAUAUCACUAGUUGUUGUUUCUUUGAAAAAUCUUGCAGCUUUAAAAGAUAGAAUUGAUGAUGAAAAUACUAAAAGUUUUAUCAAAUAA